UCAAUACCGACCGAAUGCAAACACAUUCUGAAGUAUUUACUGUAGCGCAGCAAGCUACCGUAGUUAGCUAGCCAGCCGCCGUUAGCUACUUGCCAGUAAGGUGUUACUGAGUAGGGCGAAUUGGAUCAAUGACACUUUAAACCAACCUGUAUUGCAGGGUUACAGAAAUCGAUCGCGGAGAUGGAGCUGGGUAGCGGGGUUUCCUUGUUGAAGUAUGGGACCGUGAUGUCUUUUGUGAUGGUUUUUUUGGCGUACUGGUACCGAACGCCCGUUCGAGACACUCUGGACACGAGGCUACACGCCGUGCUGUCUUCUCUGCUCCGAGCUGAGCGCAAGGCGGACAUGAACAAUUUCGUAAGACCCCGGGUGGCUGUAGGCUUCGGGGGCUGCGUGGACAUCAUCGUGGAUGGCGUGACGCUCCUGGACAAGAUCGGGCUGCACCCAACGGACCGGCCGCUCCACCACGACUACAUCGAGAACGCCGCGCAGCUGGCGGAGAGCUUCGCCUACUUCUUCCCCCCCGGCGCGGCGUCUGAGAGGUUUGUGAUGAAUGACACGCUCUUUAGCCAGCUGGUGGAGGCCUCUCGGGAGUUGCCGGGCAACCGCUGGUCGGUGGGGGGCAACGCGCCGGUCAUGGCGGGCCGCAUGGCGAUGGAGGGCUGCGACGUGCUGUUGGGGGGCAGCUUCAGCCCGGACCUGAACGACGUCCUGUCGCAGCACAUCACGGUGGCUGGCAACUCUGUGGAGGAGCCAGAUAUCCACCUCAUACUGGAGUACCCCGCAGGGGCCACCUGGGGGCAGUACACCUCCAAAAGGGCCAACAGGUACAUCGUCCACAGUGACGACCACAACCCCUACCUUGCCUCCAUGGAGGACUUUGAGCAGAAGCUGCAGGGAUUCCAGCCCGACCUGCUGGUGAUAGGAGGCCUGCAGAUGAUGGACAAUUUCCCUUUCAAAGCAGGAGAGCGCGAGGCCCUGCUGCGGCGCCUGGCGCACCUGCUGUCCUCGGCGGCCCCGGAGACGGGCGUGCACUUCGAGAUGGCCAGCUUCGUCGACGAGGGCCUGAUGGGCGACCUGCUGCGGCUGGUGCUGCCGGAGGCCGACUCGCUGGGCAUGAACGAGCAGGAGCUGCCCAACCUGCUGAGCCUGCUCCGCGGCGGCAACGUCACCGUGCUGUCCGACCCCAACCCGCGCGUGGCCACCGUGCUGGACCAGAUGCGCGAGCUCUACCGGCUGGCCAACGAGCGGCACGGGGGAGGCGGCGGGGGGCGGCCACUCACCCGCCUGCACGUGCACACGCUGGCCUUCCAGGCCAUGAUCGUCACGCGCGGCUCGCGCUGGAAGAACACCAUGUCGGCGGCCGCCAAGGCCUCGCUCACCGCCAACCGGCACGUGUGCGGCUCGCCCGACAUCAACCCCAGCAAGGCCAAGCUGAUCAUGGACGAGUCGUUCUCGGUGAGCCGGCAGGAGGGCAGCCAGCGCAUCCCUUUGCUGGAGACCCGCCCCGUCUCCUGCUGGGACGAGAACGACUACCAGGUGUGCGUGGCGCCCGUGCUGGUGUGCACCGAGGUGUUCCAGACCGCCGGGGGAGGGGACAACAUCUCGGCCGCCGGCCUGGUGCUGCAGAUCUGAGA